AUGGCAACCACGCGCAGCGGCGUACUAACGGAGAAUGCAGAUAUCCUCUGGCGAGUUUCCGGAUUUGUCAAGGGUGCGGUUGCCCAUCCCUCCGCAAUUGCGGAGGCCGCAGAAAUUCUUGGCUCAUCGUCGUUUUUUGCCCGCUACCCAAGGGUUAUUGAGAAAGCAAUUGGAAUCGAUGCAAGCGCCCACAUUCACGACGUUGAAGACUCUGCUAAAAAUCCGCCAUCUCGUUCAAGCAGCUUAGAAGACGAGGCAACCGAGCGUCUGCAGGUCUCCACAUUUUGCGCGGUCAGGAACUCUAUGCCGACCGGUGUUAAAGUGAUAAACUCACGCGUCGAUCCGAAGAACGCUGCGGUUCGCAUCGGUGUCCCAGGAUCCUGGACUGCAGACGUAAUUUUGGAUCGCUUGAGCCUCGAAGACGCGUUGUUGAUCCUGUUGCGAUUUGAAAUCCUCGUCGGGGGGCAUCCAGAUGCCCAGAGUGUACUCAACACCCCAUGGCGAGUUCGCGAUGAGCCUAUGAGGUUGCGCACCGAACAGAGGGAGCCCCUGCGUCAAAUGAUUAGUGAUCGCAUGCAGUGGACCAUGAGAGACACAGAAGCUGUCGAUAAAGCCAGUCGCAUGAAGAGCGCUCUUCUUUGUCUAUCCAGUAUAUUGAGCCUCGAAUGCGCCGCCAAAAUUGCAAUCGAACAUGUAAGGACACAACUCUCUGCCCUUACACAGCACACCUCGUGGAAGAUUGCCAAGCUCGCACUAUCGGGGGUAGGGUCUGAAGCAAAAGACGACAUGCCCGUGCGGGUCCGGUACUGGCAAAAAUCACAUCGAAAAGCGGAAGUAGCGUUCCGAUUGCCGAGCCAAGAGCGUCUCAGUGAUGCUAUAGGCGGGAUCCUCCAGAUUUCGCAUAGUCCGCCGCUACCAGGAAGAACUCACCCGAAGCUCGAAAUCAGGAGGAUUCAUGCCGAGCGGUACCUACUCGAAACUUGUCGACAUCGAGCACAGCACGAAGUGAAAGAACUAGAGAAGCUGUGCCGUUUAUCCAUCCCGUCUUCCAUUCAAAUGAAAAUUGCGGCGGGCUAUACAUCGUCUUCACUGGAUGUUUACUUUGCUCGUCCGAGACCAAGCCUUUCUUUUGGAAUUUCGCACAAGACGGGAGGUUUGUUCGUUCGUUUGCACGGCGCGGUCGCUCUCGCGCAGUCCAGGGCGCACUCUUUCGCGUCUGAGUUUCGAAAUCUUCUUUGGGUCGGGGAACGCUUUUUCGCCAAGAGCGGUUUGCCUACAAUGUGCCGCGUGGCAGUCGACAUCAUAGAGAAAGCAUUGAGUUUGGUUCGCCUUAACUCGUCGUUGGAGGGCAGCUGUGCGAUCGGGGUCGGUUUCAUUCCGACGUGGCCUCCUGGAGACUCGUUCGUCGAAAAGCCGGAAAAAUCCAAUGCGGGAAGGAUGAUUCGCCCGCCAUUUAUGCCAGUUGAUAGAAAACGACCGAGACGGUUCCUGACUCUCUGUUCCAUGGCUAGCGAAGACGACGAAGUGUACUGCAUGCCCGGUUUAACCGCUACUAAACGCGCGAGAUCGUUACCGAUGCAUUUCACCAUUUCUUCUUCAGAGAAUCAAGCGUUCAUUGAAGGUCGGAGACCGGAAGGAGUGGGCCAACCCGAUCGGUCCAACGAAAUCUGCAGUGAUGCCAACCGUAUGGCCAUAUUGGCUGAGGUUCGGCAUGCAACAGAAGUGCGAAUGCGGCGGGAUAACAUCUUGAGAGAGGUCAAGAAUUACGCAGACGUCAUUGACGGGGAUUUCUCUCUUCGUUCUCCGUACCGGUCACCGAUCAAAAUGAAACCGUCGUCACUAGAAGUUGAGAGUGCCGCCCUUAUCAUUAAAGGCAACGAAGGAUGGCAGAUACGACUAACACUUACUAACGAUAUAUUCGAUGCAACUAACCUGCGAGGACAAACAGUAUCGUACUUUCCGGCGAAACGCCUCUUACUUUUUUCAUAUGACGUGUCCUCGACUACAACCUUAAAGAGGUUUUUCAGCGAUUUUGAAAGGGCAACGAAAUCAGCUGCGUUAAUCAAAGGGCUGUCAGCUGGGGUUGAGGUUUGCUCAAUUGUUCGACGGGGGCCAUCCUUUGUGGCGAUUGACGUAUCAAAAUUUCGACUCACCGUGGGGGUGCGAAGCAAAUCCUUUCAGCUGGGAAUUUUGCCCCCGCAACCAGUUAUAUCAAAGAAUUUGUUUCCAUUGAUGGAAGAAGUGAUGGAGGCAUCAGAGAUGGAUGCGGGGCGAACUCUUGCGAGACUACUCGAAGCUUCUUUGCCACUUGGUCUCGCCUUGCAAGAGGCGACACGGCGUUUACCAGAGUCUAUGAAGGUAUAUUUUUUCACUGCCUUGAAGGUGAAAGUACUUUAUAGUUUAGCUCGGGGACAGCUUUCAGCUUGGGGACAGUUUUGCUGUAUUGAGAUAGACGCGAGGUAUGGGGCCCAGAGGAUAUUGAUCAUGGAUGCUUUUCGGGUGCGAGCAUCUGCCGACGCGGAAAGAGACCUGAAACCAGUUCCAGUGUGGGAAAAAAUUGUCAAAAAGGUCGUAUCAGAGAAGCGUGGAAGGUCUCAUCGUGACAAUGCAGUCAUGGAAGUCCCACUCCGAACAUUGAAACAAAUCCUAGCAUCCUUGACGUCCGCAUUUUCCUGA